GUUUGGAAAUUGCUGUUACUCACUACAUCCACAGUUGGGAUUGGAAGUUAUAAACGACUGCAAAUUUAAGAUGACAGAUUGAACGGGCUACAAAUGGUGACAAAAAAUAUGUAGAUAUCAUCGAAAUCCAUCAUCAGAAUUAAUAGAAUAAUCAGGAAACCAGGCUUUUGUCCUGGCUGAUCUCUUGGAUGUUGCUGUUCCAUCCCAUUAAAGACACUAAGCAUCACUUGAACACUUAAGCAACAAUGGAACCAAAAGUGAGGAGCCCAAUGAAAAACAUUGCAGCAGUGUGGGUGAGAAAAGAUGCUGCAGACAUGGGGUUGUUGUCAGAAAACUGCACAAGUAUCAGGGCUGGAAGCCCCAGUUCAGCAACAACUGCUGAGGCUGACAUUCAGCGCAGUGUAAAGGCCAUUGUACGGGAACUGGACCAAAGACCCCCGGGAGGCUCAAGCAGUCGAGGAAUGUUUAGAUGGACAUUACAUAAGAAGUCUGAACGAGACCCAUACAACAGCAUUUUUCUCGUUAAAAAUCUUAUAAGUGAACUGGAACUGGCAAAGAAAGAUAAUAAGCACUACAUUCUACCUUUAUUGAACAUCCUAAUGUACACAGUUAUUCAGGCUGCAUAUAUUCCUGAUGAUCUUCACGAAAAAGCAUAUAAAUUUUGCAAAGGGCUGCUAUCCUUCGCCAAACCCUACUGCACCAUUGCACAUGAAUAUGCAGUUAUGUUAAAAGCUGAAAGAAAGGCGCCAGGUGUAUUAUACCAAAGAUUAAUUAUUUCUGAACAUGGACUGAAAAAUGACACAUCUCCACACUGGGAACGGGUUUUUAUACUUGCUGAUCCUGAUCUUAUCUCUGAAGAGGUCUGUAAUGCUCUUUACAAUGAGAUCCAUUCAAUGAAUCCUAAUGAGAUAUUAACUAAGAAUAUGGGUCAUGCUAUAAAACACACCAUACAAGCAGCCCUGGGAGAGACCUGCAAUAUCAACAGACUGGAUGAGGUCUUGGAGCGUAAACCUUUCAAUGUGAUUGAGCGUUAUUUCCAGGAAGUGGUUGCUAUCACAGAGCAGUCUUGUUUCUCAUCAGAGGAGGUGCCUGGAACCCAGAAGAAACAUAUUAUCAAGUUGCAGCAACUUUACCAAACAAUAAUGAGCUCUGCACACCAAGAGCUUCCUCCAAAAGACAGGCUGCAGAAUAUUCUACUGCCAAAUCCAGAUAUCGGCUUUUUCAUCUGGAAAGAGGAUGACCUACUCUGGAAAGAACUGGUGCAAUUUGUUAAAAGUCGAUGUGGCAGUAGCCAGGACUACUUGAAUAGUGAUUCUGACAAUUGUGAACUGAGCGAAACAAUAGACAGUCUUAACAUUGAGCAAACAAGAUUAUCAGUUCUGUCAAAUGACAGUGGUAUUGUCAAAGAUUGUGGGGAUCUCCCUCUUGCAAAUGACAUGCCAGCUGCAGGGCCCAGUGAGAAAGAGCAGACCAAGUUUGUCAGAAAAGCCUGCAUAAAGAAGAAAAGCUAUGAUUCCGAAAACACACUGAACCUUUCAGAUGUUUAUGAUACCUCUGCAACAGGAGGUACUGUGCAACUUCAGCGUAAGUUUGGUUGCAAUACAAUGCUGUUCAACUUCAAACAACAGAAGCCUCACACUGCGCGUGUCGUAGUACUUGGGAAUGAUUGCAUUUUGGGACGAUUGGCAAAGGCCGUUCUUUCUAUCAGGAAAAGAGAAACAAGAAGAUGUAUUCUGACCUCAAAACUAAACCUGCAGUUCUACUACAUCCCAGUUACAAAUGAGGAGCAGACCCCGGUAUCUGCCAGCAAGGUCAUCCCGUUAUUGCGCAGUGACUUUUCUUGUGAAAUGUCCAGGUAUUUGGGUGGCAUAGACCCGUGGUAUAACAGCAAUAUCAACAGCCUGCGAGAUAUGAUACCUGAACUAGCUAGAACGUCACCACCAUCCAGACAACAGCCCAAUGCAGACCCAUUUAUUUUGGAUGUUACCUCGUACUAUGUACGAAUGGGAUAUCAGCCUGUUUGCUUUCAAAUCUACAGUGUAAUGUUUACUUUUAUAGACAAAACCAUUGAAUGCGUGGAUGAUGUUUUUCUCAUUCAGCUUGAUGCAGAGCUUCCGGAAUUAAAGUACAGCAAAGAAGUCACAUUAACAAGAAAGAGGACAGUAUCAGAAGGAGUAGGGGUACAAAUUGCAGUUACAUAUAAAAAGAUUGCAUUGAGCAACAGGGAAAGUACAAGACAGUUCAAAAGUCGAUGCACUGGUUUAAUCAUGAAAACAAUUCCUUCAACUGAGGCUGAAGAUCUUGUUUUCCUGAAUGUAACCAUCUCUGAGGUAACAAACAAGUUAAACCUAUCUGGAAAAAUAUCUUUGAUUGAAAACAACAAGAUCAAAACAUCCCAUAUAAAGAUUGAAAUCCAGGAUACACUUGGAAAAUCUUUGGUUGUUUGUCUGGACAAGGAUUCUAGAAGAAUAUACAAAGAUGUUGUCAGCAUUGAAGUCUCUCCUUGUUUGGAACCUGGAUACAGCUUCCAUAAAAUGAGGUCACUGAGAUUUGGUCACAAUGGAGCGGAAAAUGUUGGAUUAACUAAGUACAUGCCAAAAUCCCUGUUGUUACCGAUCAACACAUUUGUAGGUAUUCUGUAAGUUGAACUACCUGUUUCAACUUGGGCAACAGGUCACUUGCCUGAAGAAACCAAUGAUUUGGAGCUGCUAGAACUGUAGAACAGUCACAAUUACAAGUCCAAUUGUUCAGGAGUACCCCUUCUGUCUGAUGGAUUACUUAAGAACAAUUGAGUCACACAAUAUUAGAGACAUUUCCUUCAAACCUGAAAGCCCGAAGGGUGGAAAACGAACCUGCAGAAUACCAGGGGCACUGGUCAGAGGAGCUUGAAACUGAUUGAAAGUUACCUACAGCCAAUCAUAAAAGAAGGGUUUUGAUGGUGAAGUUUUUUUUCCCCAUCUGGAAGUUAUUCUUGACAUAAUGGGCAGGACUCAGCAUUGGGUCAAGUGGGUUCCCAGAAUCUGCACUGUGCUAGGAGUACUUGCCCAACAAUGAUUUUAUGUGAAUUGGUUGAUCAGUGGCCCAAAGAUGCAACUGUUGUCUGGUUUAGAUACAGUUGGCAGAAUUUCAUAGGAGGCCUUCCAGUAUGGAUGAAGUUGCAAUAUCCUAUUUACAGAUAAGGGAGAGAGAGGGCCACUCCAUGUUGACAUGUCAUGAAAGCAACAGGGAAGCAGGCCAUUCGACCCAUCGAGUCCAUACUAACCCUUCGAACAGCAUCCUACCGAGACCCAUGCUAUGCCUGUAUUCCUGUGUUCCCCACGCUGAUCCACCUAGUCUGCACAUCUCUGGACACUGUGGGCAAUUUAGCAGGGCCAAUCCACCCUGACCUGCACAU